AUGUGCCUCCUCUGUCCCUUCGAUUUCCGAAACUGCUCGAGAAACCAAGUAAACGUCUCUGAAUUCUACCAUCGUUCCUGGAAGUUUAUUGUCUACCGACAUUCCGCUUGCGGACAUUUUUGGAUCCAGAAAGAUUACUCAAUGAGAAUGCAUAUUCCAUGUCCACACUGCUACCAAACAUCCACUGAACCAUUGGCAGCAUUUAUCAGCUUGCAAGAGGCUCAAGAGUAUAAUUUUUUCAUGAUUUGUCACCAGCAACACGAAAUGAUUCAGCUGAAGGCUGCACAAAACAUGAAUGAGAAAAUCAAAUUUAUUGAGAUGACCAAACCAAAGGAUGAGGUGUACUACAUGGGUACCAAGGUGACACGCCCAUUCAUGGACGGCAGCUUUUAUGAGAAAUGGCUCAGCUGGGAAGGAAUCAACUGGCCAGCUCCUGAAUCAGGCGGCACUAAUCAAUGGAUAAAUAGUCUUCAGUCGCUCAAUUUCGGACCAAAAAUAGACAACGAGAGAAGCUACAAAUGGGAUGUCCCAACUACUGAUAUGUUCAGAAACAUCUCUGUUUGGUGUGAAAAAUAA